GGCGGGGUCCUGGAGAUCACGAGUGCUGGAGCUCCGGACGGGUCUGCGCCGGUCGCUUGACCUGGGACUUAUUUCGCGCUUGUCUGCUUAGCGCGCAACUAUGGCGCGGAAGUCGAAUUUGUUUGUGUUUCUCGUGCCGCUCCUGCUCGGCCCGACCCUAGUGCGCGGCUUCAACACUCUGCCCCUGGUCCUCAACACUUGGCCUUUUAAGAGUGCAACCGAAGCAGGUGCGAAGCGCGGCCGGGCAUGGCGGGUGUUAGAAUCUGGUGGUUCUGCCCUCGAUGCCAUUGAGAAUGGCUGUGCUACGUGUGAGAAAGAGCAGUGUGAUGGCUCUGUAGGCUUUGGAGGAAGUCCUGAUGAACUUGGGGAAACCACGCUGGAUGCCAUGAUCAUGGAUGGCACUACCAUGGAUAUAGGAGCAGUAGGAGAUCUUAGACGAAUUAAAAAUGCUAUUGGUGUGGCACGGAAAGUACUAGAACAUACAACACACACACUUUUGGCAGGAGAGUCAGCCACCAAGUUUGCUGAAAGUAUGGGGUUUACCAAUGAGGAUUUAUCUACCAAUGCUUCUCAAGCUCUUCAUUCGGAUUGGCUUGCUCACAAUUGCCAGCCAAAUCAUUGGAGAAAUGUAAUACCAGAUGCUUCAAAAUACUGUGGACCCUACAAACCACCUGGUAUCUUAAAUAAGGAUCAUCCUACCUAUAAAAAAGCAGAAGAUGAUUAUGGUCAUGAUACUAUUGGUAUGGUUGUAAUCCAUAAGACUGGACGUACUGCUGCUGGUACAUCUACAAAUGGUAUAAAAUUCAAAAUACCUGGUCGCAUAGGAGACUCACCAAUACCUGGAGCUGGGGCAUAUGCUGAUGAUACUGCAGGGGCAGCUGCAGCCACUGGGAAUGGUGAUAUAUUGAUGCGUUUUCUGCCAAGCUACCAAGCUGUAGAAUAUAUGAGUAGAGGAGAAGAUCCAACCAUAGCUUGCCAAAAAGUGAUUUCAAGAAUUCAGAAGUAUUUUCCAAAAUUUUUUGGGGCUGUUAUAUGUGCCAAUGUAACUGGAAGUUAUGGUGCUGCUUGCAAUAAACUUCCAACAUUUACUCAGUUUAGUUUCAUGGUUUAUAAUUCUCUAAAAAAUGAACCAACUGAGGAAAAAGUUGACUGCAUCUAAUCCAUCUUCUCUGUCACUAUCUGUAUUUAAAGAAGAAAAAAACAAAAGCAAAAGGUUAUAAUCAUCAUGUAGUGGUUGUCUGCAUUGUAAGGUUUUUGUAUAAAGUAAACACAAAAAUAAAUUUAUGCUGAAAUGACA